AUGCGCAGGCUGGACUCGAUCGACUGGUCGGCUUCGGAGUGCCGCCGGAUCUCUGGGUCCGUGCUGGAGACGACGAGCCGCGACCGGCGCAUGUUGGUUCUGAAGCAGCCUGUGGGGGUGGUGGCGGCCAUCACGCCCUGGAACUUUCCCAUGAGCAUGAUCACGCGCAAGGUGGCCCCCGCCCUGGCCGCGGGCUGCACCGUGGUGCUGAAGCCGUCAGAGCAGACGCCCCUCACAGCCCUGGCGCUCGCUGAGCUGGCGGAGCGCGCGGGGCUGCCCGACGGCGCUCUCAACAUUGUGAUGGGGGACGCCGCAGCCAUAGGCCAGACCAUGAUGGCCAGCGAGGAGGUCAGGAAGAUCGGGUUCACCGGGUCCACCGCCGUGGGCAAGACGCUCAUGGCGCAGGCCGCAAACACCGUGAAGCGCGUGUCCCUGGAGCUGGGUGGCAACGCGCCCUUCCUGGUGAUGGAGGACGCUGACCUGGCGCUGGCGGCCAAGGGGGUGGUUGCCAGCGCGCUGCGCAACAGCGGGCAGACCUGCAUCUGCGCCAACAGGGUGCUGGUGCACGACAAGAGCAGCCGCUCUAUGGGCUAUGCCGUGUCGCUGGCCCCUUGCGCGCCACUGGCGUCGCGCAACAGCCUGGCGGUGUAUGACGCGUUCUCGCAGCGCGUGGCUGACAUUGUGGCGGGCCUCAAGCGCAAUGUCCCGCGACAUCCUUCCCUCAUUCCGCCACCCGCAGCUGUGGAGAAGGUGGUGACGCAUUGCAGUGACGCGGUGUCGAAGGGCGCGCGCGUGCUGGCAGGCGGCGGCCCGCCAGAGGGCCUGCCGGAGCGGCUGGCGGGCGGCAACUUCUUCUCACCCACGGUGCUGGCCGACGCGACCAUCGACAU